UCAGUGGACUGUGUCUGCUUCUACCCAGCGUAGGAGAAAGACCGUCCACAUUCACAGCUGUCCAUCAACUGUUUACCAUCUUUUAGAUUUUUUUAUUCAGUUAAACAGAAUGUACAAAAUUGUCUCACAAAUUAACAAUCAUCAUCAGUGCCUGGAGUCGUAAGAGGAUUUUCCAGAAGUGUUUAACAUUACCCUGAAGAGAGGCUUCUGUAUCUACAAACAGAGGUCCUCUCUCCAUCCUCUGCCUUGCCCGGCGACCCAUGCUAAAAGGUAAACUACCGAUCACACACAUGUCCUCGGCCAUCGCCCCCGUCAAACCCUCCAGUACCACCGGCCCGAAGGAGGUGGAACUGAUCCUAGUGAAGGAGCAAAAUGGGGUCCAGUUCACCACCUCCACCCUGGUCAGCCCUACGGGUCAAACCCACCCCUCAGGAGAGGAGAGGGAGACCUGGGGUAAAAAGAUUGACUUUCUGCUCUCUGUGAUUGGGUUUGCGGUGGAUCUUGCCAAUGUUUGGAGGUUCCCCUACCUGUGUUAUAAAAAUGGAGGAGGUGCCUUCCUGGUCCCAUAUAUGUUCUUCAUGGUGAUUGCUGGAAUGCCGCUGUUUUAUAUGGAGUUAGCACUGGGUCAGUAUAACCGUGAAGGUGCAGCAGGAGUCUGGAAGAUCUGCCCUAUCUUUAAAGGUGUGGGCUUCACGGUGAUCCUUAUCUCGUUGUAUGUGGGAUUUUACUACAACGUCAUCAUCGCCUGGGCUCUGUUUUAUUUGUUCUCCUCAUUCUCAUCUGAACUCCCCUGGAUCAACUGUAAUAACACCUGGAACAGUCCGAACUGUUCAGAUCUCAACGCCACCCUGUUCAAUGACACGCACAAGGCCACGCCCGCCCUGGAGUAUUUUGAGCGAGGGGUCCUUCACCUUCAUGAAAGUGAAGGGAUAAAUGAUCUGGGUCUGCCCCGCUGGCAGCUCACUGCGUGCCUGGCUGUAGUCAUCGUGGUCCUAUACUUCAGUCUGUGGAAGGGAGUGAAGACAUCAGGGAAGGUGGUGUGGAUCACAGCAACGAUGCCCUAUGUUGUUUUAACUGUUCUACUCCUGCGUGGUGUCACUCUGCCUGGAGCCAUCGAUGGCAUUAAAGCUUACCUAAGUGUAGACUUCCUCCGUCUGUGUGAUGCUCAGGUCUGGAUCGAGGCAGCCACGCAGAUCUGUUUUUCUCUGGGUGUGGGGUUUGGUGUGCUAAUCGCCUUCUCCAGCUACAACAAAUUCAGCAACAACUGUUAUAGAGAUGCCAUCAUAACCAGCUCCAUAAACUCUCUGACCAGCUUCUUCUCUGGAUUUGUCAUAUUUUCCUUUUUGGGUUAUAUGUCACAAAAACACAACGUUGCCCUGGAUAAAGUUGCCACUGACGGUCCUGGUUUGGUCUUUAUAAUUUACCCAGAAGCCAUUGCUACACUCCCAGGCUCCUCGGUGUGGGCUGUUAUCUUCUUCAUCAUGUUGCUCACUUUAGGAAUCGACAGUGCCAUGGGAGGGAUGGAAUCUGUCAUCACAGGACUCAUAGAUGAAUUCAAGUUCUUGCACAAACAUCGAGAGCUCUUCACACUCUUCAUCGUAGUCUCCACGUUCCUCAUCUCACUGCUUUGUGUCACAAAUGGUGGCAUCUACGUGUUUACCUUGUUGGACCAUUUUGCAGCAGGAACAUCGAUUCUCUUUGGUGUGUUGAUUGAGGCCAUUGGUAUUGCCUGGUUCUAUGGUGUGGAUCGCUUUAGUGAUGAUAUCCAGGAGAUGAUUGGACAGAGACCUGGUCUGUACUGGAGACUGUGCUGGAAGUUUGUUAGCCCUUGUUUUCUCCUGUUCAUGGUUGUAAUCAGUUUUGCAACUUUCAACCCUCCGAAAUACGGCUCUUAUUAUUUUCCCACGUGGGCUAACGUUAUCGGCUGGGGUCUGUCUCUAUCAUCGAUGAUCAUGGUGCCUCUCUACGCCAUCUACAAGUUCUGCUCUCUGCCUGGAAGCUUUUGUGAUAAAUUAGCAUAUGCCAUAACCCCAGAGACUGAUCAUCAUUUGGUUGAGCGUGGAGAGGUUCGGCAGUUCACGCUUCAUCAUUGGCUGGUGGUGUGAGCGGCCCUCUGGAUCGAAACUGAGACGGCAAGAGACAAACUGAACUCCGUAAGGACGACGAGUGUCAGCGCCAAAAGAACCGUAUUACUAGUUGUUUCUUUCUCGCGUAAUCGGACGUGUGGCUGUAUCGUGACUUUGAUCACAAUGUGGUUGACAUUUGUCAAUAUCAGUUUUACUCUUUAUAUACGAUGACUGUUAUGAUGGCCAAUGUUGACUGUUUGCUAGUUAAACCUUUUUGUGAUCAGAGUACAACUGAGCUUUAUUGAUAAAUGUUAUUGAAGUGUCAAAUGCUGUAUAAAAUUAAUCCUUAGAAAUACUUUAAAAUGUAGAGAUGUGUAAAUAGUGCUAUUACAAAAAUAAAUCUAUCCUAUUUGUGUGUGAGCAGUGCAAAUACCUUACAAAUGUACAGUGACAUUCGGUUGAUCUCAACAAAUCUGUUUUAGUUAAUGCUUACUUAUAUUUUAUAUAUGCACACUAUCUUUACCUCUCGUUACUAUGAUUGUAAUAAGGUUAUUUGAAUCAGUAUUUAGAAGCAGUUGCUCUGUUUUUAUAGAAACACUUUGAGACCGAUCUAUGGGCUACAAAAAAAAAAACAUUACUUUUGUGAGGUACAGUAUUUGCAUAUUUAUUAUUUGUUUUUAAUCCAUGCAUUGGUAAUCUUCCAUAAAUUAACAAGAUAUAGACCCAUUUAUGAAUGUUGUCACUCACAGGUGUAUUACUAAAAUCCUGCAUUUUAUUUUCAUUAAAAAUGUAUUAAGUUUUUUAUAGGACACAUUUCUCAAAACUUAGGUCACUUUUGCAAAACUCUUCACACAGUUCUCCUAACAAACUUUCAGCUUGGCAAAGCAGUUCAUUUCACAUUCAAAAUGCACUACAACUACCAAAACACUUUAUUCAGGUCUCAAAUCAACUCAUUCUUCCAGAACACUAGCAAAGGUUGACAGCCCACAAAACAAUGACCUAAAAACACUAACAACAUGUAGCAUUAUACAAUGUUUUCUCUGUUUAUAAUUCACUGCAAUAUAUGUUACUGGAAUGAAUCAGACAUGAUGCAGAAUUCUUCAAUAUUUUAUGUAGUUUAUUUUUAGUUUUUUGCACUCCAAGUAAUUCCAACAUACAAGAAUUUGUAUACACACCAUCCACUGAUACAGAUACAAUAGUAAUGCUAAUCUACUCUUCUCCAUUUGGCCAAUUGUUUUUAUAGCAUUUAAUUUUAAGAUAUAUAGCAAAUAAGAAAUAUAGCAAAUUGCUGUCUUAUUCAGUUGUGUAUUAUGUUAUUGUUUUGAACAUAUGUUUAAGAGUUUUGAAAACAGUAUGUAAGCAUGUGCAAAUUGGCCUGUAUGUAUAAAGAGUUUUGGCAGUUGUUGUGUCUGAUUGAGAAAAGAAUUCAUGAAAUUUGAGAGAUGUAGUCAUUGAAUGAAUUUUGUGCCAAAGCAAUGAUAAUUGAUCCUUUAGACUUCUGCUGUGUUCACUGUGUAAAGAGUUUUGCAAAAGUGACCUAAGUAUUGAGAAAUGUGUCCUAGCGUCUGUAAAAAAUGUAAUGGUAUCAUGCAGAGUCCCUAAAUGAAAAGUUUUGAGUGCCUGCUGCAAUUUGUCAUCUACUGAA